AUGAACUCCAUCGCCCAACUCACUGCCCGCUCGGCACGCCUCAAUGGCGCCUCAGCCCUCCGCCAGGCAAACCCAAUUGCUCGUCGAGCCUUCACAAAUGGUCCAUCGACCUCAGUCUCCCGUUUCCAAGCUCCUGCUAAGAACAGCGGGCUUCUGAUGAGCCGUACCAUGCUCCGCAACACCUGCCAAAACCUCACUCGCAACCAGUCGCGCGGUGUUGCUGAUGUCGCGGUUGGUGCUGCUAUUCUCGGUGCCGGAAAGCUCAUCGGAGCUGGUGUCGCUGCUGCUGGUCUUAUCGGUGCAGGAACUGGUAUCGGAACGGUUUUCGGCUCCCUCAUCACUGGUGUCGCCCGCAACCCUUCCAUGCGCGGUCAACUCUUCUCGUACGCCAUUCUGGGGUUUGCUUUCGCCGAAGCCACCGGACUUUUCGCCCUCAUGGUGUCCUUCUUGAUUCUGUUCGCUAUGUAA